UGGUGAAUUCCUUGACGAAAACGCCGAAGUCGGUUCCUUGGUUCAAGUUAGCUUGUUCAGAGUAGGAGACUUGUGGAAGAUGUCUUAGCAAAAUAAUACGUUUAAAAAAAAGUUGCAGCUGAGGAAUGUGGAGCGAGACAAUAUGUUAUAAGGGUCUAACCCUUGAUGCGUAGAAAAUGACGAAAACGACGAAAAAGAAACGUCAGGAUGAUUUCCACAAAGUUAAACUAAAGGUGGGUAAGAAGAUACCAAAGCCGGACAAUGCAACAAAUGUCAGUUUCCGAUCGAAGGGCAUCCGUCUCCCAGAGCAAUUGAAGCGCGAUGGGUCCGGUCCAACCACACAUCGUCAGCUUGGCAUUAAGGAUCUACUCUCCCAGCUCCACCACUACAGUGCCUCAGUGAAGCACGGUGCGUUGUGUGGCCUUCGCGAGCUCCUGACAUCCCACCCCGCGCUGGUGGAGCAGCAUCUCUCCACUCUCCUGAGUGAGGUGGCCGCUGCGUUCACAGACAAAGAUGGCAGCGUGCGUUCUGCCGCCCUGCGACUGCUGCGCUUUGUGGCACAGUGCGUGCCCAGUGAGCGCGUGGGUCCUUUCUUCCCACUUCUCAGCGCCCACCUGACCUGUGCCAUGACGCACAUCCAGGCGGGGAUCCAAGCGGAUGCCAUGCUGGUCCUCGAUGUCUUGUUGGAGCAUUACCCUGCUCUGCUGGCCCACAGACAUGCCCAUCUGCUCACUAACUUUCUAGAGCUCAUCUCCCGGCAGCGCCUGGGUAGUGGAGCCAAAGGCAGCGAGAAGGCAGCGGCAGGGAAGGCUGGAUGGGUACUAACAGUCACACCCGAUCGAAAGGUCACAGGUCAGCAGUGGAGACUCACUGUGCUGCUCAGACUGAGCCGAUUCCUGCAGGCUGUAGUGGAGGAGAGGCCGGAGGAGGAGGGUGUUGUGUCAGCAGACAGGGAGAAGGGAAUAAUUACUCCUCUCGAACUGAACUGGGACGAUCACCCAUUCGGCAAACGAGGAAUCCAGCUGUUUGAGAAUUCUGGAGCCACACCCACGCCUCAUUCCACCUAUCGACUCAGACCAGAUGUUGAUCAUGGCGUCGGAGCGGGAGAGAUGCUGAGCUCCGUGGAGGAGGUGCGUGGCUUCGCAGAGACACUGGUGCCGCUGCUGCUGGAGGUGUGGAUGGAGACGGCGGGCGCAGAGAACGGGCAUCUGCUCUCGGGGGACUCCAUGGUGCUCAUGCAACAGAUCCUCACCAUCCUGCAGCUCCUGAGGCGGCUGACUCCACAGCACCACCUACAGGAGGAACUGGAUACAUGGCUGCGGAACACCUAUCUCAGUGACUUCAAGCUGCACUUCAUGAAGAACUUUCCCUACAACCAACUAGACACACCAUCCCCCCGGCACAAGAAGAGGAACCGGCAGCAGGUGUUGUCGAGUGGGGGGAGCGGGGCCAGUGUGGAGCCCCUGGUGCUGAACGUGACGCUGUGUCAGGUGAUGGUGACGCUCAGCCACAGAGGGUCAGGCCAGCCCGAGGGCCAGGACGCCGACUGGCUCGGGCCAAUCAGGAGCUUCGUGAGGGAGACGCUGACCGGCGGCAGCAAGCUGAGCAGCAAGCACCUGGGAGCCCUGCUGGAGGUGGUGUGGAGACUAGUGGUCAGCCAGAAGACACGAGCAGCUGUCUCAGAGGAGCUCCUCCAGGCGGUGUAUGUUCAGUACCAGCAGAGGAACCUCACAGUGGGAGUGCGACUCAUGCUGCUACGCUUCUUCAGUCAGCUCUACCUAAAGGAACGCCUAAACAGGAGUAAGAUCCUUACUCGUUGGCUGGCUGCACUUCCUGUCCAGCUGGUGCAGUUGGGCUCCAGGAACCCUCAGCUGUCGGCGCAGGUCCUGCAAACGCUGCAGCACGCAGCGGCCCGGAACAACAAAGAGCUGCUGAGCAGCCUGCAGAUGCAUGCAUGCAACCUCUAUGACCCUCAGGAGGGCUGUGUGGUGGUGCUGCCCGUGGAGUCCCAGCAGCGCCUGGUGCAGAUGCUCUACUUCCUGCCAGCGUUCCCCCCCGAGCUGCUGUCCUGCCUCAGCCGGGUCUGCAACACGGGCCGCGUCUCUGCUGGCCUGGCCGCUACGCUGAUCCGCAUCAUACACCUGAGAUCUUCUCUAAGUGGAUGGACAAGUAACUCCCAGGAGGCUGCGGUUCGGGAUGGGGAUUACCUUAGCUUCCUGUUCUCCACCCUUACAGGCUUCUCCUCCGAUGAGCUGGCGGUGCUGCAGCAGGCUGAUGAGGAUGCCUUGUCUCCGCCCUCUCCUCUCUCCCCCUUCAGCAUCUACCCCACCCCCCUGGAGCAGUUCACACACCACUGGGAUAUCGUGGAGGAAGUGUGUCACUGCUUAUCGACAUUGGGCUCCAACUCUCAGUGCUUUGAUAUUCUCCAGAACGGUAUCUGCAAGAACCUGGUGGGUUUGACCGUCCUGCCUGACAGUGUGUGUGCGGCGGUCCUGAGGGUGGUCGCUCGCCUGCUGGAUCUCAGUUUCCUGCCCAGCGACACACUCUUGCACUUCCUGUCUGACUGCUGUCUGAGCAUGCUCAGUCUGCUCCUGCAGCUAGAACACAGUGCACACAAAAGGGAGGCGGUGUGGGGGGCGUGUCUGGCGGCGCUGAGCAGCGUGCCCCGGCUGCUGCGUCUGCUGCUGCAGUCGCUGCGUGUGUGUGACAUGUGUGAGGAGGAGUUCCCUCAGCUGGCGCAGAUCCUCUCGCUCCUCAUGCAGCACACACACCUGCGCAACCACAUGGUGGCCAACGCAUCGCUGCUGCAGCACAUCAUACAGGAGCUCACGCGGUACUGUGGGGGCGAGUCUCGUGAGCAGUGGCUGACGGACUUGCUCUACUGCUACAGUGCCACACUGUCUGGUCCCCGUGGUAACCUCUAUUAAACCCCGCCCACAUCAGCAGAAGCCACGCCCAUCACGACUUCUACCCUCCCGUGUCCCCCAUCCACAUUGGUCUCUUUCACACCUCUGUCAAUUUUUUUUUGUUUUAUUCUGGAAAAAAAGCUUUUUUUUUACAAAA